AUGGGGGAGAAGAAAAAAGAAGUGAUUAGAUUAGAAAGAGAAGCUGUGAUCCCAAUUCUAAAGCACAAACUCACCACUGCAUUGUCCCUUCACUUUGAUAAAUGGGAGAGAGAAGAGUUCUUGAGAUUCUGCCAGAGAGUUGAAUACACCAUUAGAGCUUGGUACCACCUUCACUUUGAAGAUCUUAUGCAACUGUAUUCACUCUUCGAACCCAUUCGUGGCGCUCACAGGCUUAAUCAACAGAAUUUGUCUCCUCGUGAAAUCGAUGCUCUUGAAGACCAAUUUCUUCUUCAUUUAUUCCAGGUCAUGGAGAAAAGCAACUUCAAAGUGAUAACUAAUGAAGAAAUACAAGUAGCUCUCUCUGCGCAGUAUCGUCUCAAUCUCCCUAUUGUUGUUAAUGAAACUAAGCUUGAUACAAAAUUGUUGACAAGAUUCUUCUCCAAGUUUCCCCGUGAUGAUCUUCCUCAUUUCGCUAAUAAGUAUAUAAUAUUCCGACGUGGAUUUGGGAUAGAUCACAUGACAGCUUACUUCUUACUAGCCAAAGUAAAUACAAUACUUUUUCGUAUUUGGAACUUUCUACUCACCAUCACAUGUUUAUCAAGACUAAUAUAUGGGAAAAAGGAAAAAGCUUUGUCACAUCAAAUUGAUAUUAGUAUUGAUACAGAGAAGGAUAGUUUGUACAUCGAAAGAAUCCGCAUAGAGAAGCUUAAGCUCAGUCUCUCAAACUUGAUGAAAAAGAUAACCAUCCAAGAGCCUACUUUUGAGAGAAUCAUUGUAGUUUACAGGAGAGUUUCAGGGAAGAGGGAAUCAGAAAGGAACGUAUACGUGAAACAUUUUAAGAGCAUUCCAAUGGCUGAUAUGGAAAUAGUACUUCCAGAGAAGAAGAAUCCAGGUCUUACGCCACUAGAUUGGGUCAAGUUCCUUGUCUCUGCAGCUAUAGGACUGGUCACAGUGGUAAGCUCAGUGAGUCUCAAAAACACUGACAUCAGAGUCAUUGCAGCCAUACUUAGCACGGUGGUGGCUUACUGCGUCAAAACAUAUUUCACGUUUCAGAGAAACUUGGUAGAUUAUCAGAGCCUUAUAACAAGAUCUGUGUAUGAUAAGCAGCUAGAUAGUGGAAGAGGCACUUUGCUUCACUUGUGUGAUGAAGUCAUCCAACAAGAGGUUAAAGAGGUUAUCAUUUCGUUCUUCAUGCUGAUAAAGCAAGGUCGUGCCACGAGCAAGGAUGAGCUUGACAUGCAAAGUGAAGCAUUCAUCAAAGAAGAAUUCAACGAAAGUUGCAAUUUCGACGUGGAUGAUGCUGUCAAGAAGCUUGAGAAGCUUGGACUUGUCUCUCGUGACUCAGAAGACAAGUAUAGAUGCGUGAGUGUGAAGGAAGCAAACGAAAUAAUGGGAACAACCACGGAAGAAAUGGUAAUCAAGGCAAGAAAAGAAUUUGAAGACGAAGAAACAACAGAUAUUGAGAAUCAAAUGAAUCCUCAAGAUGACCUCACCGCAAAAGAAGAUCGUUACCAAUCUCAAUUAAACGACUUCGAGACUUUGUGGAUGUAA